AUGGUGCCCAGCAGCAAUCCAUCUCAGUUUGUGAGCUCAUGUGGACCGAGAGAGAAUGAAAAACAGGGGAGCACCGCAGAGGAUGCGAUGCUUGCCAUCCUUUCAGAAAUCGCAACAGUGGAACCUUUGGUCCGAAAUUUGAAGAAACUUCAAGAAGAUAUCGACUGGUCGUAUACAGGUACCCUGAACCAGCGUAACUGGGGUAAAAAAUACCCGACAUGUAACAGCGCCAGACAGAGUCCCGUGGACAUCGACGAAACCUUCGCACAGGUCCGACUUCAGUACCAGAACCUGCAACUGGAAGGCUGGGAAAGACCCAUGGCGGAGUCCACCACCAUCCACAACAAUGGGAAAACAGUGGCUAUCAACGUAGAUGGCGACUUUUACGUACGCGGAGGUGGACUGAGCUCCAGGUUCCGUGUGAGUACCAUCACCUUCCACUGGGGACGCUGCAACGCUACUUCCGACGGGUCUGAGCACAGCCUCAAUGGGAUGAAAUACCCACUUGAGAUGCAAAUCUACGCUUAUGAUCCAGAUGCCUUCCAAAAUAUAGAAGAGGCCAUCAGGGAGGGAGGCAGAAUUGCGGCCUUAGCUGUGCUGUUUGAGAUUAGCUUGGACGACAAUGAUAACCUCACUCCUAUAAUCGACGCCGUCAACACUGUUAGUCGAUUUGGUAAGAGUGGCUCAAUGGAAGCGUUGGCUUUGCUGCCCUUGCUGCCAAAUAACACAGCAAAAUACUACAUCUACAACGGCUCACUGACUUCACCUCCCUGUUCGGAGACGGUCGAGUGGGUCGUCUUCAAACACACCGUGGCCAUAUCGGAAACACAGUUGGAGGUUUUCUGUGAGGUGAUGACCAUGGAGCAGGCAGGUUAUGUGAUGCUGACUGACUACCUGCAGAAUAACUUCAGAGAACAGCAGCAGUUCAUGGGGCAGGUGUUUGCCUCGUACACUGGAGUCGAGGAUGUGCCCACGCCGACCUGCAGUUCGGCACCGGAAAACGUCCAAGCCGACGCCCAGAAUGAAACAACCAUUGUGGUGAUGUGGGAGCGACCCCGAGUGGUUUACGACACGACUAUCGACUGGUACACCGUUACCUACGAGAGGCUACAAGGUCAAAACCAGAAGAAGCAGGAGUACAGGACCGAUGGGGAUCAAGAUGUGGGAGCCUUCAUUUCCAGCUUGCUGGCCAACAGCAGCUAUGUGGUUCAGGUGGUGGCUGUUUGCACCAAUGGUCUAAGAGGAAGAUGGAGCGACCAGAUUAUCGUGGACAUGCCAUUGGAGGAUCCAGAGAGUGAGUCCUUUCCUGAUGUCUCCAAAGAAUUUAAAAGCAACAAAGAGAUGUCACCAAACAGCCGAUGGCAGAAACCAGAGAAUCCCACUCCUCUGGAUCAGAGCCCUGUAGAGGAGAUCCCGGCAGAACAGACCAGAGUUUACCAGAAUCAACCAACACUUCACCCCCGACUGCAAUCAACACAGAACCCGCCGGUCCAGAUUAUCACUCAGUCAACCCCGAAACCUUCUUCUCCCGAGCCACCCGUACAGAAAACACGGCUCAACCCUCACGUGAAAAAGAAAUCCAACAAGUCUGAAAGUGACGACGCUAGCAAAAACCAGAUCGAGGACGGGCGAAGAACUCGAACGCAACGGAUAUUCACCCAUGGCGGUUUGGACGGGAACGGAGCAAUUUGGGUUACUGGUAUAACCGAGCAGCCCGGCUUCCUGUUUCCUGUUUCUGCAUCCAACACUCUACCAACCGUACGCCGCCAAAUCACUGAAGAAGCGUCGCUGACGCAUCAGGAAGAUCUCAGCCCUACAGAUCCAGGUGAGAAUGAAAGAGAACUCCCAUUUGAGUCAGAUCUCUACUCGUCCUCUACAGAGGAUAUCCAAGUCACUGAUGUCUUCUAUGAAGACACUGUCAACAGUUCAUCUUCUUCACUGGGAUCCACUGCUUCGCUGUCGGACACUGACAUGGUCAAAGGCAUAACAAAGGCCUCUCUAGACAGUGAUUCACCCGUGAACAGACCUCCAGAAAGCAGCACCUCCUUCUGGAUCUCUGAGAAGACGCCAUCCGGCAGCAACACCCUCGCCAACACCGUCUACAAGUCCUUCACUUCCUCCUCUCUUCUAAGGGUGCUCAUGCAUACAACCCAGCCCAUGUUUAAUGGGGGAAGCAACAGCAGUCACGAAUCUCACGUCGGGUUAGUCGGAGGUGUGGAGAGGGAGAAGAGGACUAUCAUUCCUCUGGCUGUGGUCUCAACUCUCACCAUCUUGUGUUUGCUGGUGCUAGUGGGGAUACUUGUCUAUUGGAGAAACUGUUUCCAGACGGCUAACUUCUACCCCGACGACAGCACGUCACCAAAGGUCAUAUCAGCUCCAUCCACGCCGCUUCUGCUCGCUACAGACGGUCACGAGCCCCUGACGGUGAAGCAGUUCGUGAAGAACGUCAUGGAGCUCCACAACACCAAUACCUUUUCCAAGGAGUUUGAGAUUGUCAAAGAUUCCUAUGAGGAAGUACAAGCGUGCACAGUGGACAUGGGAAUCACCGCAGACAGCUCCAGUCAACCCGAGAACAAAUCUAAGAACAGAUACAUCAACAUCUUGGCCUAUGAUCAUAGCAGAGUUAAGCUAACCAACAGUUUGAACCGAGACGGAAAAUGUGAGGACUACAUCAACGCAAACUUUGUGGAUGGUUAUGAACGAACAAGGGCCUACAUCGCUGCCCAGGGUCCUCUGAGAGCAGGAAGGGAGGACUUCUGGAGAAUGAUCUGGCAGCAGAACAUCGGGAUUAUAGUCAUGAUCACCAACCUAAAGGAGAAAGGACGAACCAAGUGUGAUCAGUACUGGCCGGAGGAUGGCCACGAGGAAUAUGGAUCCUAUCAGGUCACUUUAAAGAGCAGCAAGACCCUCGCUUACUACACAUUGCGUACAUUUGUUGUCAGAGAUACCACAAAUAGGACAUCACAAAGGAAAGUCGAACACACCGUCCAGCAUUACCACUACACCCAAUGGCCAGAUAUGGGCGUCCCGGAAUACACUCUGCCUGUGCUGUCCUUCAUCAGAACAUCAUCUCAGGCCAGAACGCAGGAGAUGGGACCCGUCUUGGUGCAUUGCAGUGCUGGUGUUGGCAGAACGGGGACUUAUAUUGUCAUAGACAGCAUGCUGCAACAGAUCGAAGAUCAAGGGACGGUGAAUGUCCUCGGUUUUCUUAAACACGUGCGGACGCAGAGGAACUUUCUGGUUCAGACUGAGGAGCAGUACGUCUUCAUCCACGACGUCUUAGUGGAGGCAAUCUUGAGCCGCCACACGUCUGUCGCCUGCGACCACCUGCACGCAUACGUUUCUGGUCUGCUAACACCUGGAGCGUCAGGCCGGACGCGCAUGGACAAGCAGUUUAAGUUGAUCAGUCAACGCCAAGCGAAACACGCCGACUACAGCACUGCGCUGCGGGACGGCAACGCUAUGCGGAACAGAGCCAGAGCGUUAAUGCCGGUGGAAAGAUCAAGAGUUUGUCUAACCGCCACAGAAGCUAAUUCCUCAGGCUACAUCAACGCCUCCUACGUGCUGGGCCAUCGCCACAGUAAGGAAUUCAUCGUGAGUCAAACGCCGCUCAGCAGCACCGCCGAGGAUUUCUGGAGAAUGAUCUGGGAGCACAACACGCACGCUGUCGUCCAUCUGCCUGACUCACAUUGUCAGAAUGAGGAUGUGUGCAUGUAUUGCCCUUCUGAAGAGCAGAUCAUGAACUUUGAGGGAUUCACUGUUUCCCUCUCAGGGGAGAGGCACUUGCAUCUGUCCAAUGAUGACAAAGUGCUUGUGCAGGACGUCACUUUAGAAUCCACACAGAACAAUUUUGCUCUGGAAGUGCGUCUCUACCACUCCCCCUGCUGGCCCAACCCUGACAGCCCCAUCAGGAAUUGUUUUGACCUCAUUAACGCAGUAGGCGAGCACAGUCGACACACUCCUGGACCGACAGUAGUGCACGACCCUUUGGGAGGCGUUACGUCAGGUCUCUUCUGCGCCCUCACGACUUUGUCCAAUCAGCUACAGGAAGAGGGUCUGGUCGACGUCUACCAGGCCGCACGAAUGACCAACCUUAUGAGGCCGGGAGUGUUUAACGAUAUUGAGCAGUACCAGUAUUUGUACCGGGCUGUGUUGAGUCUGGUGAGCAGCCAAGAGGACCAGCGAGCCCUCCAGAGUCCAGAAACUAACGGAUCAGUACUUCUGGGGAAGGCCAACAUUGCUGAAAGCCUUGAGUCACUCAUGUAG